UCUGGUCCUCCUCUGCGCGCUCUGUGUCUCGCCUCGGACAAACUGCGGCUGGAUCACCAAAAGUUUGCCGAAUCGAGUUAGAGGUGCCGGGCUUGGGGGUGCCGGAGUGGUUCGGAGUUAGUUUUGAUUUUGGGGGUGUUGUAUGUGUGUGUGUUUUUUUAAUUAUUAGUCUUUCUGCAGUUUAGCCAUGGAGACUCUCAGAGGUCUCCUCGCGCUGCUGUGCGUUCUUCUGGCCGGAGCGCAGGACCAGCAGAUAGGCAGGUUUGCGGACUGUCCAGUUGACCUUUUCUUUGUACUGGAUACAUCUGAGAGUGUCGCCCUCAGACAGAAACCUCCCAACUUUUAUAUCGACCAGAUCAAAACAUUCACCAAUAACUUCAUAGAUGAACUCAAGGAAUUGCGCCACCGAUGUGACCGCACGCUGACGUGGAACUCAGGCGCUCUGCACUACAGUGACGAUGUCAAACUUGUCCAAGAGCUGACCGACAUGCGGACCGGCCGCUCGGCCCUGAAGGCCAAAAUCAGGGCCAUCGACUACAUCGGAAAGGGCACCUACACUGACUGUGCCAUCAAGAGUGGCCUCGCCGAGCUGCUCGUCGGGGGCUCCCACUACCACGAGAACAAGUACAUCGUGGUCGUGACUGACGGUCAUCCUAUCACUGGUUACAAAGAGCCGUGUGGAGGCGUGCAGGAGGCCGCCAACGAAGCCAGGCAACAUGGAGUCAAAGUGUUCGCCGUCGCCAUCUCACCUGAUCAGGAGGACACCAGACUGUCACUCAUCGCCACGGACCAGAGCUACAGACAGAACUUCACUGCUGCAGACGACUCCAGAUCCACCAAGAUGGGAACCAUUCGAACCAUCAUUGACAUGAUC